AUGAAUCUAUUCUACCUGGAAUCCAUGCGCCAAAUGGACGAGUUCAAAGUGUACGCAGACGACGCUUGGACGGAAAUGAUCAGCGCCAAAAGUGCGAUCACCAAUAUCACGGCGCUGGAUAAUCAGGGCAAAAGUAAACGAUCAAGCGAUUGUGACUGCAAAUCGAAGGAUUGCGCUUGCUCAACGACGAAAAGCGAAGACUGCCCUGUGGGACCACCUGGGCCCCCUGGAGAAGCGGGAAUCCCUGGUUUGGAUGGAGUGCCCGGCAACGACGGAUCUGCAGUGCUGGUCCACCUGGACCACCUGGUCCCGAUGGAGAUCCCGGUGAACCAGGAAAAGACGGUGUACCAGGAAUUCCCGGGUCCAAAUGGGCGUGAUGGCAGUCAUGGAGCACCUGGGGAUCCCGGAGAACCUGGAGCACCAGGUGAACCGGGUGCACCUGGUGCACCGGGAAAACCCGGACACAGUAGCAAACGUGGGAAGGGCGCACCAGGGCCACCUGGUCCACCCGGUCCACCGGGACCAAUCGGCAAUCCGGGACCUGAUGGGGAGAACGGUAAGGACGGACGGCAGGGACCCGAGGGCCCGCCCGGUGAACCGGGUCUGGCGGGGAAGCCUGGAGACGAUGGACAAAUGGGGAUACACGGAGAAGAGGGCCUGCCAGGAAUGGAUGCUGCCUAUUGUCGAUGUCCACCACGCAGUUCACAGUUCUCUGAAGAUCAUCAGGAUCCACAUGUUAAUCUGGCUAGCAUUCUUAUUUGA